AGAUCUAUCAGCAUCACACUUGGUUUAGCUUAGAUUGCUACAAGCCUGUGUACUUCACCAUGCUCUUUUAAUGUCAGUAAAAUAAAAUCCAUGAGCCUUCAAUGGCACUGAGCAGGAAUUCUUCAAAAAAAUCAGAAUGGAAGUACCAUGUUUUCUUGAGUUUUAGGGGUGAAGAUACCCGCUUUGGUUUCACCGAUCAUCUAUAUGCAGCCUUGCUUCAGAAGGGUAUCAAAACAUUCAGAGAUAAUGAUGAACUUACAAGAGGUGAAGUUAUCUCCGAAGAGCUUCUUUGUGCAAUUGAGGAAUCUCUAUGUGCAAUCAUCAUAAUCUCCCAAAAUUACGCUUCUUCCACGUGGUGUUUGGAUGAGCUACAAAAGAUUGUUGAAUCCAAAAAUAGUUUGGGCCGAGAAGCGUUUCCAGUUUUCUACCGUGUGGAUCCCUCUGAUGUACGACAUCAAAAGGGAAGUUUUGCAGAAGUUUUUGAAAAACAUGAAGAAAACCUUGUAGAAAACAAAGGAAGAGUGCAGAAGUGGAGAAAAGCUUUGCAAGAUGUUGCUGGCUUAUCUGGCUGGGACUCUAGGAAUCGGUAUGAAUCAGACCUUAUUGAAGAAAUUGUUACAGAAGUGUGGAGAAAACUAGAACCUAAAUUGCCAGUGUUUAAUGACGGACUAGUUGCAAUUGAUACAAAAGUAGAUGAAAUGUAUUCACAUUUAAGGCCAGGUUCUGAAGAUGUCUGCUUUAUUGGCAUAUGGGGAAUGGGUGGUAUAGGAAAAACAACUCUUGCCAAUGUUAUCUUGAAGAAAAUCCGAAGUCAAUUUGAUGUGAGUUGCUUUCUUGCCAAUGUUAGAGAAGCUUCAAAAGAAGGAGAUCAAGGUCUAGUUCUCCUACAAAAUAAGCUUCUUUCACAUAUGAAACUAAAGAGCAUGAUAAUUGAAACUUCAGACCAGGGAAGGGAUAGCAUCAGGAACUGUUUACACAACAAAAAAGUUCUUCUUGUCCUUGAUGAUGUGAGUGACAAAAAACAACUAGAGAAUUUGGCUGGAAACCAAAAAUGGUUUGGACCAGGAAGUAGAAUAAUUGUUACAACUAGGGACAAACACCUCCUGACAUCACAUCGAGUAUUGUUUGAACUGUAUGAGAUGAAAACCUUGAAUACUGAUGAAUCUUUUCAGCUCUUUUCUGAUAAAGCAUUUGAAGGACACCAACUAAACGAAGAUUAUUUGGAGUUGUCAAGAAAGGUAGUUGAAUAUUCUGGAGGCCUUCCUUUGGCACUUGAAGUGCUAGGUCGUUUCCUCUCUGGAAGAAGUAUACAUGAAUGGAAAGAUGCUUUAAUUAAGAUAAGUAAAACUCAACACGAUGAUAUAAUGAGUAAACUAAAGAUAAGUUAUGACAUGUUGGAAGAGGAGUACAAGACUAUAUUUCUUGAUAUUGCUUGCUUUUUUAAGGGAUGGUACAAAGACAAGGUGACAAAGAUAUUGGGCCAUUGUGGUUUUCAUUCAACUAUAGGAGUAAAUGUUCUUAUUGAAAAAUCGUUGAUAACUUGCAAAGACGGAAUUCUAUGGAUGCAUGAUACAGUUGAAGAAAUGGGCAAAACAAUUGCUUUCCAGGAAUCUCCAAAUGAUCCUGGUAAACGCAGUAGGCUUUGGUCUCAAGAGGAUAUCAACGAAGUGUUGAGAACAAAUACAGGAAGUGAGAAAGUUCAAGGAGUAGUUUUGAAGCAACAAACAGAGUCAUUUGAAGAACAAUGGCACCCUGGAGCCUUCUCUAUGAUGUGUAACCUUAAAUUACUCAUCAUGUUAUGUGAUUUGCACCUUCUGCGCAGUCUUAAAUGUCUUCCUAGCUCUUUAAAGGUUCUAAUAUGGACAGAAUAUCCUUUCAAAGCUCUACCGCAUGGUGCACAACUGCAUGAACUCGUUCACUUGCAAAUGAGUAACAGCAGAUUAGUAAAACUUUGGAAUGGAAAUCAGUUUUUUGGGAAACUGAAAGUUAUCGAUUUGAGUUAUUCCAACUAUUUGAUUCACACACCAAAUAUUUCUGGUGUACCAAAUCUUGAAGAGCUCUUCCUUGAUGGUUGUGUGUCGCUCAUUGAAGUUCACGAAUCCAUUGGGCAGCAUAAGAAGCUUGCGGUACUGAGCCUGAUAGGAUGCAUAAAGCUUAAAACUCUGCCACGUAAAUUGGAAAUGAGUUCCUUGAAAAGGUUAUUUCUUUGUGGCUGCUUAAACAUCAGGAAACUUCCUGAUUUUGGGGAGAAUAUGGAAUGCUUAUCAGUGUUGAAUUUGAUGAAUUGCUCAAAUCUUCUUUGCCUUCCAAAUACCCUUAGUAAUUUGAAGUCACUCAAGCAUUUUAAUUUAUCUGGAUGCUCAAAAGUCUGUGUACUGCCAGUAAAUAUAAAUGAAAAUGAGGCUUUGGAGGAUCUUGAUCUAAGCAAAACCUCUAUUAGAGAAGUGAAUGCAUCCCUUUUUCAUUUGAAAAAUCUCAAAAGGCUUUCAUUUCGUGGAUGCAGUGGGCCAGUAUCCAACUCUAGUGAGAAACCAGCUCCCAAAUACCUAGUACUGCCUGCUUCUGUCUCAGGACUUUCCUCAUUAGUUACUUUUGAUUUAAGCUAUUGCAAUCUCUAUGGUGAAUUAAUUCCUGAAGAUCUUGGCAACCUAUCAUCGCUGGAGACAUUAAUUUUAAGUGGGAAUAAAGAUCUUGUGCUACCUGCUGCCAGCAUUGCUAAUCUUUCCAAGCUAUGCUUUCUUGAGUUAGAAGGUUGCAGGAGCUUUGUUGAUGGAUCUGUGCUUCGGCAUCUGGUAGAUUUUCCUGUGGAAGCUGGCUUAUUCUUGGAUCUAUGGGAGUUUUGGAAGCUAUUUGAGUCCCAUGACAGUGAGCUUUUAUGUCAGGUUAGGGAUCCGAGUUAUCCUAUUAUUUACCUUGAAAUUCCUCCAAAGUUUGGUAAUGAGAUAUUUUUUCCUGUGGGUUCGCAUUUGUCAAAAAUUGAAUCAAGUGCAUCAAUACUAGUGGACAUCCCUAAGGAAUGUAGCACGGGUGAGUGGUGGGGAAUUGUUGUAUUCAUUGCAUUCGAACCUUCAACAUUGCCAAGUUUCAAGAUAGAGCUCUCCUGGAAUUUUGAAGCUUCCCAUCCUGAAGCUGGCCGCUCCUUAUAUCUCUCCUCCUACGCAGAAGCGCAUUAUAACAGUUGCCUUGUUACAAUGAUAGUGAAUGAUAGCUAUAUAUACAUUCAGCUGCAUCACAGAAGAUACCACAAUAUAAUUGAAUCAAAGGAUUUUAGCAAGCAUCGGAACCCUGAAUUCAGUGAAAUAAGUAGGUUGCGUUUUGAUGUACGAGGGAAACAGCAAAAAAUAAAAAAGUGCGCGUAUAAUGUGUUAAGUAAGGAAGAUUUUAGACCUGAAGCAUUGCUAAAAUAUCACAACAGGAGUGUUGAUGAACCUAAUUUUGAGAACUCCAGUGGUCUCAAUAAUUCAGAUGCAGAAUUCGGGGGAGAAGAUGCAAAUGCUUCAAAUGAAAGUUAUUCCAGUGACUCAUCUGUGGAUGCUCCAGAGUUGAAAAGAAGCCUUAGUUCGCCACUGUGACAAAAAGAAUGGUAUAGCUGUUAUUCGUGCAAAACAAGCCAGUUUUAUACGGAGUUUCUUAUUGGUACGCUUUGCAAAUGGUUUUCUUGAGGAGUUGCUUCUGUGAAACAGUUCUAGAGGGAUGUCAAUGAGUAACCAAAACUAUUGUCUUUUUUGAUAAGAAGCUUAUUUUCGAAAUUUAAGGUCUGUAUUAGUAAAAAAAGAGGGUACAUUAUGUCAUUGCUAAUAUGCUGUGUUCAAAUAUGGUGAUGGCGAUUGUGUUUGUGCUAUCUUUAUAUUUUUAUGGAUGUUCCUUUUC